AGAGAUGUUCCACAACAUUCCAAUUCCUCAUAGCACAAUCGCAGACUUUCAUACAGCAAUUUGCGAGCUUUUUAGCAGUUGUGGUGAAGGGAAACAGGCGACUUCUUUGUAGUUGGCAAGUUCACAAGCUUGAUCAUGGGAGGCUCUCGACCAUUGACGUUUAAGCAGGAGCACUCCCUAGACAAGCGGAAAGCCGAGGCUGCGCGUAUCAAGGAGAAGUAUCCUGACCGCAUUCCGGUCAUCGUGGAAAAGGCUGAACGGAGCGACAUUCCCGAUAUUGACAAGAAGAAGUAUCUGGUGCCCUCGGACCUGACUGUUGGGCAAUUUGUAUACGUCAUCCGCAAGCGGAUAAAGCUUAGUCCGGAGAAGGCGAUUUUCAUCUUCGUCAAAAACGUCCUGCCACCAACUGCGGCGCUCAUGUCGUCCAUCUACGAGGAUCACAAGGACGAGGACGGCUUCCUCUACAUCACGUACAGCGGCGAGAACACGUUCGGG